GUGACUCGAGAUUUCGGAAACGCAGAGUACACCGCGGCCAGCCGCAACCCCAAAACUUGGCAGCAAAAGAGGGAUUGUUAGCAGGAGUGUCGCUGCUGCGUUGAGCAGACACUGCCAACAACAUGCCGCAGAACGAGCACAUUGAGCUUCACCGUAAACGGUAUGGCUACCGGCUCGACCACCACGAGCGGCUUCGCAAGCGGCUCGGCCGGAAGCCGCACGAGGAUGCCGUUAAGGCCAAGACCACUCGGGGCCUCAAGGCGAAGAUGCUCACCAAGCAGCGCUACUCGGAGAAGGUUCAGAUGAAGAAGACGCUGAAGAUGCACGAGGAAAAGCUGACCAAACAGCGAGGACCCGAGGCAGCGGCGCAGGGCGCAGUUCCGGUCUACCUGCUGGACCGUGAGAACCAGUCGAGGGCCAAGGUCUUGUCGAACAUGAUCAAGCAGAAAAGGAAAGAGAAGGCCGGCAAGUGGGACGUGCCCAUUCCGAAAGUCCGUGGUGUAGGAGACUCCGAGGCGUUCCGGGUGAUCAAGACGGGCAAGCGGAAAAAGAAGGCGUGGAAGCGCAUGGUGACCAAGGUGACGUUUGUCGGGGAGGGAUUCACGCGCAAGCCCCCGAAGUUUGAGCGGUUCAUCAGACCAAUGGCGCUUCGUUUUAAGAAGGCUCACGUGACUCACCCAGAGCUGAAGGCCACCUUCUGCCUGCCGAUCAUCGGUGUGAAGAAGAACCCGAGUUCGCCCCUCUACUCCCAGCUGGGGGUGAUCACGAAGGGAACUGUGAUCGAAGUGAAUGUCAGUGAACUGGGUCUCGUUACACAGGGUGGCAAAGUGGUCUGGGGAAAGUAUGCGCAGGUGACCAACAACCCCGAGAACGACGGUUGCAUCAAUGCUGUUCUUCUCCUCUGGUGAUCUGCAGUGGCCCGAUAGCAUUGAAGGUUGCUAUUGGAUUUUUUAUGCAUUGUCUUAUCUUUUUUUUUUUUUCCCUUAACGCAGGUCGCCAUGCAGAUCUUUGUGAAAACUCUCACUGGCAAGACCAUCACCCUAGAGGUCGAGCCAAGUGAUACCAUCGAAAAUGUCAAGGCGAAAAUCCAGGACAAAGAGGGUAUCCCGCCCGACCAGCAGCGUCUGAUCUUCGCUGGCAAGCAGCUUGAGGAUGGCCGCACACUGUCGGACUACAACAUCCAAAAAGAGUCGACUCUGCACCUGGUGCUGCGGCUGCGCGGUGGAGCCAAGAAGCGCAAGAAGAAGAACUACACCACACCCAAGAAGAACAAGCACAAGAAGAAGAAGGUCAAGCUGGCUGUGCUGAAAUUCUACAAGGUCGACGAGAACGGCAAGAUCACUCGCCUGAGGCGAGAGUGCCCCAGCGAGGACUGUGGCGCGGGUGUCUUCAUGGCUGCGCACUUUGACAGGCAGUACUGCGGCAAGUGCUGCCUGACCUACGUCUACAACAAGCCCGACGAGAAGUAGACGACGUUGCGGCCACCCGUUGCUGCUGCGUGUAAAAUAAAAACCCAAGCCAAAA